CUUUAUGCAUUUAUUCACUUUGAAGUGUUUAAUAAGUUACACAGUAAAGUGAGGCCCAAUUUUAGUGAGCAGAAGCAGAAACCCAGUACCCAAAUAAAACCCUCAAACAACAAAACAACGCACAGUGAGUUACUGGCUAUGAAACUCGCGGGACUCAAAUCGUUCGAGAACGCCCACGAUGAGUCCAUCUGGGCGGCCACGUGGGUUCCGGCAACGGAGACCCGAUCCGCCUUGCUUCUGACCGGUUCCCUCGACGAGACCGUCAAGCUAUGGAAGCCAGAUGACCUAAUCCUCCAGCGAACCAAUACCGGCCACUGUCUCGGAGUGGUCUCCGUCGCCGCUCACCCCUCCGGCCACUUUGCCGCAUCCGCCUCCCUCGACAGCUUCGUUAGGGUUUUCGAUGUCGACACUAAUAACACCUUAGCUAAUCUUGAAGCUCCUCCUUCCGAAGUCUGGCAAAUGCAAUUUGAUCCCAGGGGCACCAUCCUAGCAGUUGCAGGCGGGGGCAGCGCAUCAGUGAAGCUUUGGGACACAGCCACAUGGAAUUUGGUUGCCACUUUAUCGAUUCCUCGGCCUGAAGCAGCAAAACCAUCUGAGAAAAACAGCAGCAAGAAGUUUGUUCUGUCAGUUGCUUGGAGUCCGGAUGGAAGACGGCUUGCUUGUGGCUCAAUGGACGGAACUAUUUCUGUGUUUGAUGUUGGCCGUUCCAAGUUUCUUCACCACCUGGAAGGCCAUUUCAUGCCUGUACGCUCACUGGCAUAUUCUCCCACCGAACCAAGGCUGCUGUUUUCAGCCUCAGAUGAUGCCCAUGUACACAUGUACGAUGCUGAGGGUAAGACUCUUGUUGGGGCCAUGUCGGGGCACUCUAGCUGGGUGCUGAGUGUGGAUGUUAGCCCAGAUGGGACAGCUAUUGCAACAGGUUCAAGUGACAGAACAGUGCGGCUAUGGGACAUCGGCAUGAGGGCUGCUGUCCAGACAAUGAGCAACCACGCCGACCAAGUUUGGGGAGUGGCCUUUGGACCAGCCGGAGGGCCUGGUCGGCUUGCUAGUGUAUCAGAUGAUAAGAGUAUAUCCCUAUAUGACUUCUCCUGAGAAAAGUCUCUCCUUGCAAAUGAGGACUAAGAAGAUUUGUGAUAGUUUAGAGUCAUUGCAAAUUCUUCUGGUUUUAAAUUUUAUCGAAAAAUUGAUUUCAUACAUUGUUAAAUUAUAUAAAGCACUUCUAAUAUUUAAUUUAAAAUUGCCUAAAAAGAGGAUCUUACUCCCAUUGUGAAAUUUGCCUGUAUUCAUGCUACUAGCUAAAAUUGUUGGCACAUUGCAUUCAUCAAUAUCAUCAAAUGUUCCAUGAAAUGACAAUUUAGAUUUAGAUCACUUGCAUACUGAUUCUCCCCAUAGUUGCAAGUAACCAACAAACAAGGACCAUUAUUUAUUUUAUUUUAUUUAUCGGAAUAUAUUUUUACUGUAAAUAUGAUAUUGCAAGUAUGUUGAGCAUCAAAAUUGAGAUGUGCUUGCCUACUUCUCAAUCCGAUUUUAGAAAAGGAUAAGUAAAAGUUGUUAAAUAUAAUAAGUACAACAUUAAAAAAGUGAUAAAUAUUUUUGUUUAAUUCGACAAUAUUAUCUCACUAAUUAAUUUUCUCACCAUUCUUACAAUUGCCAGUCCACUUACCUAAGUACAGUAGUUUCUACUUACCAAAAAAAAAAAGUACAGUUGUUUCUGGUUGGUGAUGUAUACACUAAUGCAUCUUGACCUGAAAGGCUGAAACCUUUUUCUUACCUGAGCAUUAAGAACUUGGAAGUUCUGGUGUUGUAUAUACAGCUCAAACAUCUUUAAAGUGAGACAAAUAGUAUUAUAUAUGGUAAUUGAAUUCAGAUAUCUCUUUAGAAUAGCCUUGAAACCCCCCCUAAUCUGGGUGUUAGUACUUAAUAAGCAGUUAGCGCACAAGUUUUUUCUGUAAGGAUAACAGCUUUCCCAUUGUGCAAAAUCAAUAGAGGCUGAGCUUUAACUAUUUUGAUCAUUGUGAUUGUGAAUAUUGAUUGCAUUAACACAGCUUUGAGAGUUUUCAAGAAAAAAAAAACAAAGCUUUGAGAACAACUGGCAAUCAUCAUGUAAUGGAAGAUGUCAUCCCAUCCAGCAUGUCCCCAAAAGACUAAGCAAAAAUAUCACAAUGAAGAAUUGGUCGUUCACUCCCUAUCCCAUGUUCAAAUCACAUUAAUCAUUUUCUUGCAUCAUUCAAUACUUUAAUACUUCUUGAGAUGACACCACCACAAGAACUCUUCAAAACCAAAAGAAGAUAUUUGACAUGACACCACCAUUGAAAUCAUCUCGUUUCAAAUGUGCAAAAACACUCCACGCACUUGGGAAGUGCUAGUAAACUCUUAAAAGCGCAACCAUAAAACUUUUCAAAUAAUUAACCCUUCCCUUUAUUUUUCUUUCUUCUCUUUCGAUCAUUGGAAAAGUUGCAAUCUUUAUUUCACAAGCAAAAACUGUAAACCAUUGCAACAGGAAAUUGAGUGUAUCACUUCUAGCCUUAUAGCUUAAUUUAACUCAACAAAAUAGAGAACAAGAUAUUGAGCCCCAAAACAGGAAAAGUAAUAGGAUACUACAAGCUAAACAGCAGAAGCUAAAAAUAGAACCUUGACCGCAACAAAAUAGCAAAACUGCUACUAAACUUACAGUUUUAUCGUUUAUGUGCUCAUAACUUUGGAGUCUUAUUCAAAAAGUCCUUGAGAACAUCCAUAACUGAGCCAAAAUUUGCCUUCACUUCCACUGGUGGAUUAGCGAACCGGCAUGCCAUUUCCGGGAUGUCUUUAGAGUGAUAAUCGAUCUUCGAUUGCGUAAACUUGAGACCAUGAGCAGUGCUAACAACCACCGUCCGAUCACUGGGUCCAAUAACCCCACUCUUCCUGAGCUUGAACAGAGCCGUUAGUGCAACUCCGGUAUGUGGGCAUAUGAACAUGCCAGUUGAGUCAGCUUGCGCCAUGGCAUCCAUGAGCUCCUCCUCAGUAGCUUCCUCAACAAUCCCAUCACAAUUCUGAAGAGCAUACACAGCUCUAUCAAUGGAAACAGGGUCACCAAUCUGUAUAGCUGAAGCAAAGGUCGACUCAGCCUUAACGGCUUUAAAGUCCUUCCAAUUUGACUUGUAGUGAAGAUAAAGAGGGUUGGCGUUGGCAGCCUGAGCACAAACAAGCCUUGGAAUCUUAUCAACGAGACCCAACUCUUGGCACAUUUUGAAUCCUUUGUAGAAGGCAUAAAUAUUACCAAGAUUACCACCCGGAACGAUAACCCAAUCGGGAACUUGCCAAUCGAACUGCUGCAAAAUCUCAAUAGCUGCUGUUUUCUGACCCUCGAGCCUUAAACUGUUCAAAGAAUUGGCCAAGUAAAUGGGCAACUCGGCGGUGAUUUCCCUAAUUAGCUUCAUACAACCGUCGAAAUCUGUGUCAAUGCUAAGUACAAAUGCGCCAUUGGCAAUGGGUUGGACCAACUGAGCCAUUGAGAUCUUGUUCGCAGGGAGGAAAACGAUCGAUGGGAUCCCUGCGGAUGCGCAAUAGGCGGAGAGGGCCGCCGAGGUAUCUCCCGUCGAGGCACAGCCAACCCCAACCACAGGUCUUUUCAAUUUCCGGAGACGGUUCACUUGGCUGACCAAAACCGUCAUCCCCAAGUCCUUAAAGCUCCCAGUGUGGCUAAUACCACAGUGCUUAACCCAUAGAUCGUUCAUGCCCAGAAACUGUUUGCCAAAACGCUCAGACCAGAAGAGAUUAGAGUUCCCUUCGAACGCGCUAAUGAUGUCAUCGUUAUCGAUCUCCGGCAACACCCACUCCUUCUUGCUCCAAACCCCAGAGCCAUACGGCCACGUCGUCUUCCCCACGCGCGAGUCAAAUAAGCGUCGCCAGUACGCGCCGUCGAACUUCUUGAGCGCAUCCAUGUCGUGCUGGACAUCGAGUAGGCCUCCGGAGCGGCUCCUGUAAACGAUUUCAUCGAGCGAGUACGACUCGGAGGAAUCGAACCCAGCGUUGAAGGGCACGUACUUGGCGGAGAAGUCGUUGGAAAUGGCGCGGUGGCGGCGAGCCUCGUCCCUGAUGUUCUCAUCGGAGCGGCGGACCUUAGAAGGAGAGGCAUUGUUGGAGGAAGAAGAGGUGGUGCAGGUGAUGAGAGAGGAAGGGCGGUGUUUGGAAAGAGAGUUUGGGUAAAAGGGUUUAGGUUUUGGGUCGAAUGAAGAGAGGGAGGUGUUGAACAAGGAAGAAGAGGCAGCCAUGGUUGAUUGCCUGAUUCGGAAAGAAGAGGCGGCGCUGAUUUGCUUAAGCUUGGCUUCUUCGGCUUUACUUUAGCUUUGGUUUUGUGGUGUAGU